AUGUCGGAAAACAUUUGGGUGGCAGCUGCAGAUAAUAAGGUAGACGUGGUAAAGAAGUUUUUUGAAAGCGGUUUUAAUGCAAAUUCAGCAGAUCCAAAUGGAUUCACUCCAAUUCAUGCAGCUGCAUCGUACGGGCAUGUCGAACUUUUGAAGUACUUGCUUGCCAACGGUGGAAAUGUAAAUGUGCAAGACUCGGAUGGCGAUACACCACUCCAUCAUGCUGAAAGUUUGGAUGUCGUCAAAUUACUCAUAAAUGAAUACAAUGCAGAUUACAGAAUCAAGAAUAAUGAUGGUCUAAAUGUCAAAGAAUAUUUUAUAGAGGAGGGUGAAUUUCCUGAAAUUAUUCACUAUUUUGAGAUUUUAGAAAAAACUGGCGACCAUCAGUCUGAUGAACUGAAGGGGGCUUUAAAUCUACCAAAUGGUCAAGAAAUUAAAGCAUUUCUACAUGCCGAAAAUAAUGAUGAUGAAAAUUCUCCGGAGAUGAUGGAACGCCGUAGGCAAGUGGAAGCCAUUUUCACAAACACGGAACUAUCAGAAAGUGGUCGAGAUGAUAAGUUGAGGGAAUAUGUUAUGGGCGUUGUUUCGGCAAAUAUGGGGAAGCUUAAAAAUGGUCAGGAUAUUGAAAAAGAGAACCAUAAAAGAAGGAAAUGA